AAUCUAUAACAGCGGUGGUGGUGCUGAUGGUGGAAUAUUUAACAUUCAAAAUAGCGGACAAAACUUAAAUUCAGUUGUUUUCUUAAAAUCGUCCAGUGAAGGUCGUACAGUGUGCCGAGUGUGUGGUACACUUUCUGCGAAAAGGAAAAGAAAAAUAUUCGGUGAAGAAGUGAAAAGAAAUCUAGAAAAAAAGAAAAAAAAAAAUGGGUGGUGGUUCAAACGGCGUAGAAGUUCAGAUGGCAAAUGAAAAACCCACGAAUGGCAUAAAAUCUCCUGCCAAUGCAUCAACAGUAACAACAACGACAAAUGGAGCCAACAAAGCCAUUAUCAAGGAAAAUCUAAAUGGCAAAAUUGUCAUACCAAGUGCAAGUUGUAAAAUUCCUUCUCAGUUUGAGGCAAAUGGUGAAAUUAUUGAUCCCCAUUGUGAUCCUAAAAAUCCUCAAAAGAUCUCAUUCCAUGACAUUACUUCGGCUGCGUUUUUAAUUAAGGAUGGCAUUGAGAGGACACCGUGUCCGCGCUCCACGACAUCAGAUUCCUAUGGCAUGGACUUAUAUUUGAAAAAAGAUUUCCUUCAAUACACAGGAAGCUUCAAAGAACGUGGUGCUCGCUAUGCUUUAUUGUCUCUAUCCGAUGAGCAGAAGAAAAUCGGUGUUAUUUCGGCUUCGUUGGGUAAUCAUGCUCAGGCUCUCAGUUAUCAUGGCUGGAAAUUGAACAUUCCUGUGACAGUGGUAAUGCCCAAGGCGGCUCCGAUUAUGAAAAUUCAAAAAUGUCGUAACUACAAGGCCAAUGUUAUUGUCGAGGGUAAGGAUAUGGGCGAGGCCAAGGCCUUAGCCAUGAAAAUGGCCAAAGAACAGAAAAUGUUGUACAUCAACGGUUACGAUCAUCCACACAUUAUGGCCGGUCAGGGUACUAUUGGUUUGGAGAUUCUCGAACAAGUUCCAAAUCCCGAUGCAGUUAUUAUACCCGUUGGCGGUGGUGGCCUCAUUGCGGGUAUUGCAACGGCCAUUAAGGCCUUGUCGCCAAAAACAAAAAUAAUUGGUGUUGAAUCAGCCAAAUGUCCCAGUUUCUCUAAUGCCAUGGAAAAUAAUGGCCCCAUUCACACACCUAUUAAGAAUACCUUAGCCGAUGGUUUAGCUGUACCCAAAGUGGGUUACAAUGCCUUUGUCACAGCCUUGCCAUUGAUUGACAAAAUGGUGGUGGUGAAAGAAGAAUGGAUUGCCUUGGCCAUUUUACGUCUGGUUGAAGAAGAGAAAUGUGUGGUUGAAGGUGCUGGAGCUUCGGGUUUGGCUGCCAUUUUGGCUGGACAGUUGCCGGAACUGAAGGGCAAGAAGGUUGUCGUCCUCCUAUGUGGUGGUAACAUCGACACAACAGUGUUCGGUCGCUGUUUGGAACGUGGCUUGGCUGCCGAGGGUCGUUUGGUUAAAUUCAAUGUUGAGGUAUCCGAUCGUCCCGGUGGCAUUCAUGAGCUGUGUGAAAUUCUCUCAGAACUUGGUGUAUCCAUUAAGGAUAUUAUGCAUGAACGAGCCUGGCUAAAGGAUAUCUAUACAGUGGAAGUUAAGGUGGUGUGUGAGACCAGAGAUUGGGCCCACAGUACAGAAUUGAAAGAAGAACUGAAGAGACAUUAUUCGAAAGUGCAAUUUUCUGAAGAGCCAUUGGCCAUACAUGAACAAAUGAUUAAUCAAGGCAAGAAGUAGAAACGCGAAGUCCUUGUAGCAUAAAAUCCUUGUUAUUAUUAUUUUUAUAAAAAUGUAUUUAAUCAAUAAAUUAUUAUUUAUUUAAGUAACUACUAAAA